UUUCCAACACCACAUUCCACUUGUUCUGAACACACUCGCCUCCUUCACCACCUCCCUCACCAGUCCUACGUGCGAGCGGAUUCACCACUUUCCAAACCUUGUUUAUUUGUGCUUUUUUUUUUCUUUCUCAGAGAGUCUCGCUUGGAUAUCUCUGGACUUCAUGACACAUCUCGGACACUCCUGAGGAACGGAACCAGUUAUGGACGAGAAUCUUUUUGGAGGAGCUCCUCGGUUCCUGACCCGGCCCAAAGCGUUUUCCCUCAGUGUGGGUCGGGAUGCUACCCUCAGUUGCACCGUUGUGGGGACCCCUGUUCCUGCAGUCACCUGGGAAAAAGACAAAUUGUGCAUUUCCUCUGGAGGGCGCUUCAAAACCAUCGAGGAUGGGGAUGUAUAUCGGCUCACCAUCUACGACCUGAUGCUGGAGGACAGCGGGCAGUACAUGUGCCGCGCCAAGAAUAAUGUAGGUGAAGCUUAUGCAGCUGUGACGCUGAAGGUGGGUCUUCCAGAAACAGUGAUCGAUCGAGCGCCGGUGUUCACGGUGAAGCCCGUCUCCGCUAGAGUGGGUUUGGGCGGUGAUGUUAUCUUCUUAUGUCGUGUUGCAGCUCACCCCGCUCCCAUAUUUGACUGGGAGAAGGAUGGACGUUAUCUCGGGGAGACCAAUCGCAUCAAGAUCACGUCAGACAGCGAGUCCAGCUCAGUGCGGAUUCAGAGCGUCAGGUGUAUGGACAGUGGCACUUACACCUGCCGGGUUCAGAACUCCAUUGGUCGAGCGCAAGCUGCCGCCGCUCUGGUGGUAGACGCACAGGAUGCACGACUUCUAAACACUGACAAAAGUACCUCCCUCCUGUCUCACCUGCAAAAGCGCAAAGAGGAGAUGUCUAAGGAUAUUUCCCUUUUCCGCACCACUGAUAGUUACUCCCUGUCCUCCUCAUCCUCGUCUAAUAUCAUGGAAGGGUUUAGCAAGUUGGGCCUUGCAUCUGAUCAGGAGCAACGAGUCUCAGCUUUGGCUGGCAAAUUGCCCAAAGGCAUCUUCACCCGAACCUGCAUGGUGACCGAGGGCAAGCACGCUAAGCUCAGCUGCUUUGUCACAGGCCACCCCAAGCCCCAGAUCAUCUGGAGGAAGGACGGAGUGAACAUCAGCGAGGGUCGGAGGCACAUCAUGUAUGAGGACCAAGUAGAGAACUUCAUUCUCAAAGUCCUGUACUGCAAGCAGAGUGAUAAUGGCCUGUACACCUGCAACGCCUCCAACUUAGCUGGACAAACCUACAGCGCUGUUCUGGUGAUCGUGAAAGAACCAGCAGUGGCGUUUAAGAAGAAGCUGCAGGACGUGGAGGUGAAGGAGAAGGAGAUGGCCAUGAUGAUGUGUGAGGUGCCCAUGCCGAGUACCCAGACCUCCUGGUUCAUGGAGGAGACUCGCCUGGAGCAGAGCCCAAAGUACCGCAUGGAGCAAGAGGGCACGCUGCGUCGCCUCACCAUCAACAACGUCACGACCAACGAUGACGCCGUUUACAUCUGCGAAAUGAAGGAAGGGAGUCGCACUGUAGCCGAGCUCACUGUUCUGGGGAACAUCACCAAGAAGUUGCCCAGAAGGACAGUCGUGCCGGUGAGCGAUACUGUGAUCUUCUGCGUCGAACUCGAGCACCCUCUCGAAGAUGCUUAUUGGACCAGGAAUGGAGAGAAGCUGAAGGAGGACUCCAGGAUCAUUAUUGCUCGCAACCUUAAACAAUACACACUCACCAUCCGUGACUGCACUGCGGAAGACUCGGGCGAAGUGGCGUUUAUCGCUGGUGACUGCAAGACGUCCACACGAUUCUCAGUUAUAGCACCGAGGAAGCAUCCUCCAGAUCCCCUGAUCAAACCCAUUGUGUUGAACAAGACGGACAGCUCCAUCACUCUGAGCUGGUCUCGGCCAGACAGCGAGCGGCCCGUACCCAUAAACGGUUAUGUGGUGGAGAGGAGGAAGGUGGGAGCUCAGACGUGGGUUCGAGUCACAGGCAUGGAACUUGUGUCAACCAGCCAGUACACCAUCAGCAACAUCACAGAGGAGGGCAGCUACCAGUUUCGCAUUUCAGCCACGAACGAUUUUGGUCAGAGCGCCUACCUGGAGGUGCCCGGAACGUAUUAUCUAGAGCCGACGGCCUCGGUGACAUCAGGUCUGCGAAGCUGCACUGCUGUGUCUGGUGAGGAGGCUACCUUCAGCGUGGAGCUCUCCGCAACAUGCUCUGGAAGUUGGACGCUGAAUGGCAGACUGAUCCGCAGCGGCACAGACUACCUCAUAACUCGCUCGAAGACCACGCACACGCUGGUGAUCCGGGAGGUGACCGCGUCACUGGAUGGAGCUCAGGUCAAAUUCGUGGGUGGGGGAUCAGAAAGUGUCUGCACUCUGAGUGUAAAAGCUGCUCCGGCACGUUUUACCAAGAAGUAUUCUGAAGUCGAGAUCUUCACGUUCAGUGCUCAUUCAUCUGCCCAGCUCCACACAGAGGUGUCAGAUGCCAGUGUCCAGGUCUACUGGAUGAAGAACGGUCAGGAAUUAAGGAUGGGCAAAAAGUAUGAGGCCUCCAGUGUGGGAUGUAAACGCACGCUGAGCAUUCAUAACGUGACCCAUGAGGAUGCAGGGAUUUAUGAGUGUGUGUGUGACGGUGAUAAGAUGUCUAUCCAGCUUGCUAUUAAAGAUGAACCAGCCAAGUUUGUGAACAAGCCCAAGACUCAACCCCUGGAGGUUUCUCCCUCAAUGGGUGAUGUGGCACUGAGUUGUGAGGUGGCGUCGCCUACAACUACUGUUGUGUGGAAGAAGGAGCAUAAAGAAAUAGCAGAGGACAACAGAGUGACCUUUGUGUCCCAGGGGACACAGAGGAAGCUGGUUGUCAAAGGAGCCAAGCAGAGCGAUGAAGGACACUAUUCAUGUGAGACGAGAGAGGACAAGGUCACAUUCCGGGUCAAAAUGCAAGAAACUCGUGCCACUUUCAUCAACAAGGACGCCUAUCAGAAGGAGGUGAGAGUUUCUGCCUCUCAGAAAGCCACGCUGAGCUGUGAAGUGUCCGACUCCAAAACUGAGGUGAAAUGGUAUAAAGACGGCAAACAGCUGCUCUCCAGUAAGACCGUCCACGUGGAGACGAAGGGCAAAAUCCGUCAACUGGUGUUGGACUGUGUGGAGAAGAAGGACGCAGGAGAGUACACCUGUGAAAUAGGAAACGAGAAGCUGGCCUUUAAGAUUCAUGUGACAGCUGCACCAGUAGAAACGCAAGCUCUGGCAACCUUUGUGAACAAGGACACCUAUCAGAAGGAGGUGAGAGUUUCUGCCUCUCAGAAAGCCACGCUGAGCUGUGAAGUGUCCGACUCCAAAACUGAGGUGAAAUGGUAUAAAGACGGCAAACAGCUGCUCUCCAGUAAGACCGUCCACGUGGAGACGAAAGGCAAAAUCCGUCAACUGGUGUUGGACUGUGUGGAGAAGAAGGACGCAGGAGAGUACACCUGUGAAGUAGGAAAUGAGAAGCUGGUCUUUAAGAUCCAUCUGACAGCUGCACCAGUAGAAGCUCAAGCAACCUUUGUGAACAAGGCUACAUAUCAGAAGGAGGUGAACGUUUCUGCCUCUCAGAAAGCCACGCUGAGCUGUGAAGUGUCUGAUUCCAAAGCUGAGGUGAAAUGGUAUAAAGAAGGCAAACAGCUGCUCUCCAGUAAGACCGUCCACGUGGAGACGAAAGGCAAAAUCCGUCAACUGGUGUUGGACUGUGUGGAGAAGAAGGACGCAGGAGAGUACACCUGUGAAAUAGGAAACGAGAAGCUGGCCUUUAAGGUUCAGGUGGCAGAACCUCAAGCCACUUUUGUCAACAAGGACACCUAUCAGAAGGACGUGAAAGUUUCUGCCUCUCAGAAAGCUACACUGAGCUGUGAAGUGUCUGACUUGAAAACUGAGGUGAAAUGGUAUAAAGAAGGCAAGCGGCUGAUCUCCAGUAAAACCGUCCACAUGGAGACGAAAGGAAAAAUCCGUCAACUGGUGUUGGACUGUGUGGAGAAGAAGGAUACAGGAGAGUAUGUCUGUGAAGUUGGAAAUGAGAAGCUGGUCUUUAAGAUUCAUGUGACAGAACCUCAGGCAGUUUUCAUCAACAAGGACACCUAUCAGAAGGAGGUGAAAGUUUCUGCUUCUCAGAAAGCCAUGCUGAGCUGUGAAGUGUCCGACUACAAGACUGAGGUGAAAUGGUAUAAAGACGGCAAACAGCUGAUUUCCAGUAAGACCGUCCACAUGGAAGCGAAAGGCAAAAUCCGUCAACUGGUGUUGGACUGCGUGGAGAAGAGGGAUGCAGGAGAGUACACCUGUGAAGUAGGAAAUGAGAAGCUGGUCUUUAGGAUUCACGUAACAGAACCUCAAGCAGUUUUCGUCAACAAGGACACCUAUCAGAAGGACGUGAAAGUUUCUGCCUCUCAGAAAGCCACGCUGAGCUGUGAAGUGUCUGACUCCAAAGCUGAGGUGAAAUGGUAUAAAGACGGCAAACAGCUGCUCUCCAGUAAGACUGUUCACAUGGAGACGAAGGGCAAAAUCCGUCAACUGGUGUUGGACAGUGUGGAGAAGAAGGAUGCAGGCGAGUACACCUGUGAAGUCGGAAAUGAGAAGCUGGUCUUUAAGGUUCAUUUGACAGAACCUCAAGCACUUUUCAUCAACAAGGACACCUAUCAGAAGGACGUGAGAGUUUCUGCCUCUCAGAAAGCCACGCUGAGCUGUGAAGUGUCUGACUCCAAAACUGAGGUGAAAUGGUAUAAAGACGGCAAACAGCUGCUCUCCAGUAAGACCGUCCACAUGGAGGCGAAAGGCAAAAUCCGUCAACUGGUGUUGGACUGUGUGGAGAAGAAGGACGCAGGAGAGUACACCUGUGAAGUCGGAAAUGAGAAGCUGGCCUUCAAGGUUCAUCUGACAGAACCUCAACCCACUUUCGUCAACAAGGACACCUAUCAGAAGGAGGUGAGAGUUUCUGUCUCUCAGAAAGCCACGCUGAGCUGUGAAGUGUCCGACUCCAAAACUGAGGUGAAAUGGUAUAAAGACGGCAAACAGCUGCUCUCCAGUAAGACCGUCCACAUGGAGGCGAAAGGCAAAAUCCGUCAACUGGUGUUGGGCUGUGUGGAGAAGAAGGACGCAGGAGAGUACACCUGUGAAGUCGGAAAUGAGAAGCUGGCCUUCAAGGUUCAUCUGACAGAACCUCAAGCAGUUUUCGUCAACAAGGACACCUAUCAGAAGGACGUGAGAGUUUCUGCCUCUCAGAAAGCCACACUGAGCUGUGAAGUGUCUGACUCCAAAACUGAGGUGAAAUGGUAUAAAGACGGCAAACAGCUGCUCUCCAGUAAGACCGUCCACAUGGAGGCGAAAGGCAAAAUCCGUCAACUGGUGUUGGACUGUGUGGAGAAGAAGGACGCAGGAGAGUACACCUGUGAAGUCGGAAAUGAGAAGCUGGUCUUUAAGAUUCAGGUGGCAGAUGUCUCUGCUAAAUUCCAAAAGAAAUCCAGUAUGAAGGAAACUAUAGCUGUGCAAGAAACCGAGAACAUUAUCCUGACCACUGUGGCGACCACAGAACACGCGAACGUGAGUUGGUUCAGGGACGGCGUACAGCUGAAGGAGGGUAGUAAGUACGAAAUGAAGAGAGAAGGUUUGUCUCAUGUCCUCAUUGUUAAGUCUUCUGAAGCAAAGGACAGCGGAACUUAUACGUGUCGGACAGCUGAGGACAAGAUGGAAUUCCAGGUUCAGAUAAAAGAGUCUCCACUCAAGUUUGUGGUUGGCUUAGAGCCAGUAUCUGUUGUUCUGGGCAGCACCAUGACUCUGUCCUGCCAGUUAAACAGAGCUGCAGGGGAUGUCCUCUGGAGACACAAUGGCAAAGAAAUGAAGCCUGGAGGCAGAUACGUCAUCCGUGCUGACGGAACGCAACGUCUACUGACUGUGUCUUCUGUAGCCCAGGAAGAUGAAGGAGAGUACAGUUGCGAAUGCAGAGACGACAAGACCACUGCGAAGAUCACCACUAAAGCUCCACGUUUUGUGAAGUUCGUGUCCAAAUUGAACAACAUUGUGGCAAACGAAGGCAAGGACGCCAUCUUUAAAUGUUCCGUCACUCCUGCGGACGUCGGCGUGAGAUGGCUGUAUAAUAACGUCCCUGUCACCGCUGGGCCCAAAUUCAAGAUCGCUCACGGAGGCACCAGCCAUUCUCUCACGAUCACUGCCGUCACGCUAGAGGAUGUGGGAGAAAUCAGUGUGGAUGCUGAAGGGAAAGUGUGUAAAGCCACUCUGCAAGUCCAAAAGCUCCCCGUUAUGCUUAUUAAGAAGCUUGAGAACAAAACGGUCCAAGAGCAGGACAGCGUGCAGCUCGAAGUGGAAUUGAGUCGGCCGUCCACCGAGGUCAAGUGGAUGAAGAACGGCAUUGUGCUGCAGCCUGAAGGGAAUCUGAAGGUUCAAGUUGAUGGAGUGAAACAGACUCUGGUCUUUCAGAACGUAACCUGUGCUGACCGAGGCCUUUACUCUUGCGAGACUCUGGAUGACAAGACUCAGGCCAAACUGACUGUAGAAAUGAAGAAGACAGAGAUUGUUAAAGGCUUGAAACAGAUGAAAGUCCAUGAACAGGAGACGGUAACGAUGGAGGUGGAACUCAGCCAGCCUGCUGUGGACGCCUUCUGGACCAAAGAUGGCCAAAAACUGAGAGCAAGUCCCAAAAUCCUGAUGACAGCUCUCGGAAAUAAACAUUCCUUGACCAUGUCUCAGCUGAAGAUGGAAGACAGCGGGAUGAUCUCUUUCCAGGCAGAAGAUAUCCACACGUCGGCAAAACUCAUAAUCACGGAACCUCCUGCAAAGAUCCUCAGACCAUUGGAAGACGUGACGACUUCGGAAAAGGAAAAAGCCACUUUUGAGUGUGAAGUGUCCCGAGUGAAUGCUGACGUAACGUGGUUUAAGAAUGAUGAUGACCUGAAACCAGGAAAGAGAUACAUGAUUCAUUCCCAAGGUCGGAAGCGCAGCCUCCUCAUCCCGAAGUGUACUUAUGAGGACCAAGGCUUGUACAUGUGCAAAACGACGGAUGACAACACAUCAGCCAAGCUCACCGUUCAUGCCCGUGAUAUUAAGAUUAUUAAGCAGCUGAAGGAUUUGGAAGUGACGGAGAAAGAGAGUGCAGCGUUUAUCUGUGAGGUGUCGCAUGAUGAAGUGGAAGGUCAGUGGUUUAAAAGUGACGUCAAACUCAAAGCCGGAGACAACAUCAAGAUGAGACAAGAAGGCAGAACAUAUAUUCUCCUCUUCAAAUCUGCGAAACCUGAAGAUGCUGGUGAAAUCAAAUUCGUGGCUGAAAAGGCCUCGUCAGUCGCGAAGCUCGCAGUGAAAGAGUUGCCUGUGAGAUUCGUGAAGAAACUCCGAGACAAAAUUGCCAUGUACAAACACCGGGGACUUUUAGAGUGUCAAGUGUCUCGAGUCAGUGCCACGGUCACAUGGUACAAGAACAAGGACGAGCUCAAAGCCAGUAAGAAGCACGAGAUCUCCAGCGAGGGCGUGUAUCGCAAGCUAACCAUCAAUGACGUGGACUCCGGGGAUGAAGCCACGUACACGUGCGACGCUGUCGAUGAAAAGACGUCAUGCAGGCUCCUCGUGGAGGAGCAGGCCAUCAGCAUCGUCAAGGAGCUUAGCGCAGUGGAGGUGACUGAACCGUUCGCAGCUCACUUUGAGGUGGAAAUCAGCAUGGAGACGGUCAAGCCGGUGAAGUGGACCCUGAACGGAGAAAGUCUGAGCGAGAGCAGCGACGUCGAGAUCGAGAAGGAAGGCACAAUGCAUCGCCUUACGUUAAAGAAGACCAAGGCUUCCAUGUCAGGAACCGUUCAGUUCACAGCUGGAAAAAGCAAAUCGACGGCUCGGCUCACGGUCAAAGAGCGUCCCAUCGAGGUAGUCGAGCCCCUCAAAAAUAUGACCUGCCAAGAAAAGGCAUCAGCCAAGCUGUCGUGCAGGUUAUCAGCUGUUCCGAAAGAAGUGUCUUGGUUUAAGGGUCAAACUGCUCUGGAGGCAUCCAGCAAGUACAUGAUGAAACAGAGUGGCACUGAAGUGCAGCUGGUCAUCCAGACACUGAGUCCAGACGACGCUGGCGAGUAUCGCUGUCAGACUGGGACCUGUGAGACCAAAGCCACUCUCACUGUUGAAGUGCGGAAAGUUCAGAUCACCAAGCGAUUGACGGAUGUGGAGGUUGAUGAAGGUGCUGACGCUGUGUUUACCUGCGAGGUGAAUUAUGCUGAUGAGGAAGCCGAGUGGUUCCUCGACGACAAGCCGCUGUUCAGCAACGAGGUUAAUGUGAUCCAACAUGUGAAUAAGACGCACACCAUCACCCUCAAGAACCUGGCACCUCAAGAUGGUGGGAAGAUCACCUUCAAGAUGAGAGAAGAGAAGCAGACGGUCUGCCUGAAAGUUAAAGAAAAGAAAGCCGUCUUCCUCAAGUUGUUAGACGACGUGAUUGGAGAAGAAAAGGGCACUGUGACUCUGAAAUGUGAAGCCUCAAAACCCACGGUGUCCCCUGUUUGGCGGAAAGAUGGUACCAUCCUUUCUGCAGACAGCAAGCGUGAGCUGUUACAUGACGGCACCGUCCUGCGUCUGAGGAUCCGGGACAUCACGCAGACGGAUGCAGGAGAGUACAGCUGUGAUCUUGGGACGGAUCUUACAAAAUCAAAGGUCACCAUUCGAGAGAUCAGCAUUGGCAUCACAAAACGCUUGAAGUCUGUGGAGGCGAAAGCGGGUGAGACGUGUGUGUUUGAGUGUAUCCUCUCUCGCGAAAGCUCAGAUGCGUGCUCAUGGAGCCUCAAAGGCCAACCUGUGACGAGCAGUGGGCGUUUCCAGAUUAGCAGCAAAGGACGGAAACACACACUUGGCAUCAGAGGAGUGACUGGGUCAGACUCGGGGGAGGUCGUUUUCACUCUAAAGGACUUGAGCUCUAGAGCAACGUUGUCUGUGGAAGGUGAAGUUCCUACCUUCUCAAAAGAGCUCCAGGGUGUGAGCAUUGCUCCUGGAGAAGAUGCUUUAUUCCUCGGUGAGCUCUCUCAGGCUGGCUUGGAUGUUGUUUGGUGCAAGAAUGGAAAGUCGAUUCAGAAGAGCCUCAAGUAUGAAGUUAUUCAGGAAAAUAAGGUUGUGAAGCUGAUUGUUCACAGUGUUAGUGCUCAGGAUUCUGGAGAAUACAGCUGUGAGGUGACUGGUGGACCAACCUCGAAAGCUCGACUGGAAAUUAAAGAACAUGUGAACAAGUUCAUCCGUGAGCUCAAAGAUAUCACAGCAGAUGAAAAAGGUGCCAUCAGUUUUGAAUGCGAAACUGCCCACCCAGCUUCCAAAGUCACUUGGCUGAAAGGUGUGAAGGAGAUCAAGGCAGGAAGAAAGUAUCAGAUGGCUCAGAAGGAAAAAGUUCUCAUUCUCACAGUGAAAGAUUUGGAAGAGGCUGACAGCGAUACGUACUCGUGCAGUGUAGACACCGCCAAGAGCACCGCCAAGCUGACUGUUCAAGUUCUUCCAGCCAUUUUCACUCAUGAGUUGAAGGACCAGAAGGCUUUGGAGAAGGAAAGCGUCACCUGGUCCUGCGAGCUGUCUAAACCAGGUAUACCAGUUCAGUGGCGCAAAGGGGAAGUCGUCCUUCGUUCUUGCGCCAAAUAUGAAUUCCGGCAAGACGGCCACCUCGUCCAGUUGAUAAUCCGUGACCUUGACCCUGAAGACUCUGGAGACUACACCUGCGACAGUGGUGAUCAGAAAACUACGGCACACCUGAAAGUAAAGGCACAACCCAUUCUGUUUAAAACCCCUCUGAACCAGCUGGAAGGCGAAGCUGGGGAAACUGUCAUAUUCCGGUGUGAGCUUACCAAACCAGGAGCAUCUGUACUGUGGAGAAAAGAUCAGAAGGUUCUACAGUCUAGCAACAAACACCAGUUCAGGCAAGACGGUGCAGUGGUCGAGCUAGUCAUCUCCAAGCUCCAGGAAGCGGAUUCAGGAGAGUAUUCCUGUGAUUCUGGGUAUGACACGACUGCUGCCCAACUUAUGGUAAAGGAACUUGACAUUACGAUUGAGACCGGGCUGAAGAGCUGCAUUGUUAACGAAGGAGAUGAUGUGUCCUUUGAGUGCUUUGUGUCUCAUGAAGGCGCCCAGAAUGUGAACUGGGAACUUCAGGGUGUUCCUCUGCAGAGCAACGAGAUGAAUGUAAUCCAGGUGGAAGGCAAAAGGCACUCGCUCACUCUGAGGAGCGUGAGCAAGAAAGACUCGGGCACCAUGUCCUUCCAUGUCGGGAGCCACACUUCGUUUGCUUGUCUCACAGUCAAAGCUGUCCCGGUAGUGCAAUUUACGAAAGACUUGAAGAACCAGGAAGCCACAGAAGGAGACAAAGCGACAUUAUCCUGUGAAACUUCAUCCCCUGAUGUCCAAGUGAUCUGGAAGAAGGACAGAAAAGUCAUUUCUGAUGGAGACAAGUACUCCAUUCGGAAGAACGAUGCAAUCCAAACUCUGGUGAUCUCCAAGCUGACGGUAGACGAUGCUGGAGAAUAUGUAUGUGAAGUUGGGGAUAAACAAAGCAAGGCUACUUUGAGCGUCAAAGAACGUGUCCGAAUUACAAGGGAACUUAAGGACAUAACAGUGAUGACUGGCGAGGACGCUGCGUUCCACUGUGAGGUGUCCCAGACAGGAGUAACCAACGUCGAAUGGUGGCUCGGCUCCAAUCACCUCCAAAACAAUGACUUGAAUCAGAUCAGCAGCCAAGGGAGGGAACACAGCCUUGUGUUAAAAAUGGUCACGCCUGAUGAUUCAGCUGACGUGGCCUUCGUGGUUGGCAGUGAGAGGACCGUUGCUUCCUUGGUAGUGAAGGAGAAACCCAAAGAAACCCUGGCCUUCUUCCGCAGGGAACUGGAGAACCUAGAUGCUGUUGAAGGUGACACGAUUACGUUUCGUUGUGAGCUUUCUCAGCCCAGCGUUAAUAUAGAGUGGCGUAAAGGCGGAGUAGUCCUGCAACCUGGGAAUAAGUUUCAGCUGAAGCAAGAGGGAUGCGUCCAAGAGCUAUGCAUAUCCGAGCUGAAACCGGAGGACAGUGGCUACUACACUUGUGAUGCUGGAAAUCAGUUAACAACAGCUUCGCUUUCAGUGCAAGAAGCUGAGGUGCUCAUAGUAUCUGGUAUAAAAAGCACUGAUGUCUUUGCGGGAGAGCAGGCAGUGUUCGCCUGCCAGCUGUCUCGCCGUGCCAAAGGGAGAGUCCAGUGGUGGCUGGAUGGCACCCGUUUGGAGAACAGUCCCUUCAGUGUUAUUGGGGUGGGUGAAGACAAUAUUCACACCCUCACCCUAAAGAACCUGGCACCAAAUGACUCUGGCACCGUCCUGUUCAAAACGGGAGGCUUGACGUCCUCGGCUAGGCUGUUAGUUAAAGAUCCUACUGUGGAGGUAGUCAGUGCCAUGGAGGAUAUCAACAUAGCAGAGAACCAACCUGCAGAGUUCAUCUGCCAGUUCUCACGGCCGGUCAAGGCCAUAUGGAAGCGAAACGGGCAACCCGUGCAACCCGACGGCCAGAGGCUUAUAGUGGAGCAAGACUGGACUGUAGCGAGGUUGUACAUUAGCCGGGUAACCACACAGGAUGUGGGUGUAUACUCCUGUGAAGCAGAAGGGACCUGUAUUGAGGCACACCUGAGGGUGCAAGCGAAACCCAUUGAGAUCAUUCAAGGUCUGGAUAACGUGGAGACCAUUGAAGGUGGUGAGGCACUUUUUGAGUGCUCCCUAUCUGCCCCGGAGUUGAAAGACUGCCGGUGGUUGGUUGAUGGAAAACCUGUGAAGGAGUCUGCAAAAGUGGAGAUCGUUUGCUUUGAGAAUGGCCGGCGCCAUCUAUUGCUGCUGAAGGACUUGAGAGCUGGUGACAACUGUGUGGUAACUUUUCAGGCUGGCACUGCCUCCACCUCUGCCCUUCUCUCAGUCAAAGGGUGGCAACUGGAGGUGGUGAAACCCUUGGAGGACAAGACCGUUGUUGUUGGUGAGCAGGUGGAGUUCACUUGUGUUCUGAACGAGCCUGUACCAGAGAAGGAUGUGAACUGGUAUGCAAAUGGUGUUGAACUUCGGCCAGAUGACAUUUGGGCGAUGAAGAAUAAGGGGUGUGCGUGCACCCUAAUUUUGAAAAAAGCCCAAGUCCGGUCACCACUGGAGAUCACGUUUGCUGCUCAGGAUGCCAUUUCAGUGGCCAAGCUAGUGACUAUUGCCGUCCCCGACCCCCCUGAGGAUCCCGAGCUGGUCACAAAGGGACCAACAUCAGUGACACUGUCCUGGUUCACACCUCUCAGUGAUGGUGGAAGCCCAAUCCUGGGAUACCGCGUGGAGAUGCGGCAAGUGGAUAGUGCUCUCUGGCAGCCCUGCCAUGCAGAACCAGUGUGUAAUACUGAGUUUACGGUUGAAAACCUUAUCCCCGGGUUUGGAUACAGGUUCAGGGUGGCAGCUAUUAACCUUGCUGGGAUUGGUGAGACUGUCCAGCUUCCUCAAACUGUCACACUGGACGCACCAGUGACCGUUGCCAAGAAGUUAAUUGUCACUGAGCUCCAAAAGGGUAAGACUGCCCAUCUGGAGCGCGAGCUUACAUCUGAAAUUAAUCAGACCGUCUGGCAGAAAGACCAUCGGGAGAUUGAGAUGGGAGAAAAAUACCAGGAGACAACAGAGGACAAAACCCAAAUUUUGCUCAUACAGGAUUUCCAUCCUGCUGAUCAGGGGGUCUCUGCUUGUGUGGCCUCAGAAGAGAUGACAACUUCAACAAACAUUGACCUUGAAGGAGAGAGCACGGUAAUAUCCCAGUCUGAGGAAGGUAGCCAGCCUGGCUUGCCCACUGAGGCUGCCUCUGAGGGAGAUUUGCAUGUUUUAUGGGAUGCUCUGGCCAAGAAGCGGAGGAUGAGCAGGGAACCCACACUGGACUCCAUCUCUGAGCUGCCAGAAGAAGAUGGUAAAGAGAAGAAGCAAGAUCAGAAGGGUGAGGGCGUGGAGAAAGAGCAGAUCAAAGAGCAACUCAUCGAAAUCAAGCCAGAGCUAAAUCUGUAUACCGGUUCUGAAGAUGAGUCCGUCAGCGGAACUUCAAGUCUGGUGUCUUACCUGAAAAAAAGCAGCAAAUCCGCUGUCACGAUGAUGAGCGAAACCGAAACUGCUGCUUCCCAGAAGCUUUACGAACAUUUUCAAAUGACCGAGAAAUCAGUGCAGCAGACCACAGCAGCACCACCGUUUGAGAUCACGAAGGAUGACGAAAAGGAUGAGCUGCAGGAGUCAGCCAUCAAAAUCCAAGCUCUCUUCAAAGGUGACAAAGCCAGAAAGGAUAUGCAACCUGCUUUUAAAGAGGUUUUCAAGGACCAGAACAAAGAACCAAACAUGACAAUUCAUCUUGAAUGUAUUGCAGUGGGCAAGCCAGACAAAGUUCGCUGGCUGAAGGAUGGUAAACCGUUGGUAGAUGGCAAACACCACCACAUUGACAUCUACAACGACGGGACUUGCUCUCUGAUUGUGCCAGCUGCUACAGCUAAUGACACUGGGUUGUACACUUGUGAGGUCACAAAUAAGUUUGGCGUUGUGUCCCAUAGCGGAAAAGUCACCGUUGGCUCUUUGCGAGAGUCAUCAGGACGUCGCCCACUAACUCUCGGUUAUAGUGCGGACAGCGAGCCUGAGAGCUCCGGCAGCGAGAUGGAUGAGUCUUUACGACAGGCAAGCAGGAGGCUCCAGAAACUGCUUCGUACACGUCUUCCACCAAACGUGGAGGAGGAACCUUUCGUAAGUGCUGACGAAGGUGACCUGCAGCCGCCGGAUCCACAUUCGUAUCGCGAGGACGACAGCUACAUCUACAUCCGCUUUGACACCCACAGUGAAGCUCAGACCGCAUCCCAGCGAUUCCAGGAGAUGUUUACACACCAAGGCGUGCCGAUAGACACCGCCAUUAUUGAAACCGGAACCAAGAUUGAACUUCGUAUCAAGAAGAUGGGAUUCAACCAAGAUGGUUCCCAAACCCCAACUAAAGAAAAGCCAGUUUACAUGUCAGGACCACCUGCAGCCCCAGUUUUCCUGACACAGCUCCAAAACCAGGAAGUCCCAGACGGAUACCCGGUCAGCUUUGACUGUGUGAUCAUUGGCAAACCCUCUCCCAGAAUACGGUGGUUCAAAGAUGGGAAAGUGCUCCAAGAAGAUGACCAUUAUAUGAUCAACGAAGACCAGGAGGGCUGCCAUCAAUUGAUCAUUACAACCGUCCGGCCGUCUGACAUGGGCGUGUACCGCUGUGUGGCUGAAAAUGACAGCGGCAUAACAUCCAGCAAGGCGGAGCUUAGGGUGGAAAUGUCUUGCAGCUCUGAUUACGACACAGCAGCUGACGCCACAGAAACAUCUUCAUAUAUUAGUGCGAAAGAUUAUGUCUCGAGUUCUGAGCACAGAGACACGGAGGCGUUUGAAUCAGUGGUGGAGGACGAGCAGCUUCCUCAAGUGGUGGAUGAGUUACACGACCUCUAUCUCAGUCCUGGAGCACCCAAUGCCAAGAUGAGCGUCAGAGUCAAAGGGUUCCCCACACCAAAGGUUUACUGGUUCAAGGACGGUGUGGCGCUGUCGCCCACGGACAGAGUUUUACUGUUGACAGAGAGAGACGUGUACAGUCUGGAGAUCGUGGAGGUGAAGCGUGAAGAUAGCGGCGAGUAUUCUGCCUACAUCAGCAACGCAGCUGGAGCGGCCUACUCCUCCGCACGCAUGGUUGUGCUUGGUCUAGGCGAUCGCAUACCUGAGACUCUGAAGAUUAGAGACUCCAAGGAACCUCUGGUACCUCCACGUUUUCUGGAGAAGUUCUGCAACCGGACGGUGAAACAAGGAGCGAGCAUCACACUGUCCGUCAAAGUGGAAGGCUCUCCGACUCCUUGCGUGAACUGGCUGAAGGAAGAACUCCCGAAGGAUGUUUUGUGGAUUAAAGCUGACACGCCUGGAUACAAGCUCGCCAGCUCUGGUUUCCAGCACAGCCUGAUCCUGAUGGAUGUUGGGCAGGAUCACAGCGGCACCUACACCUGCAUCGCCAGCAACCGCGCUGGCCAGUCCGUCAUCACCGCCCGCCUGGACGUGGACCAAGGUUUGACUGUUUUCCCAGCAGGACAGCAGAGCAUCAUUCCACCAGAGAUUUGUGGGAUUACAAUCAGCCCCCCAGAGGAAGAAGGCAAAGGAGAGCUGAAACUUCCUUCCCUGGCUGGAGUCGAUACUGCUGAAUUCUUCCAGAAGCUCACGUCACACAUCACCGAGAUAAUCUCUGCCAAGAUCACACAAGCUUCAUUGCGUGUGCCGGGAGCCGAUAGUGAUGAUGAGAGUAAGACUCCGUCUCCGUCUCCCUUCCACGGCCGCUCGCGUCCUGCUUCACUGGUCACCGACUCGUCCUCAGAAUCCGAUGAGGGUGAGGCCCGAGGAGAGAUGUUUGACAUCUAUGUAGCGAUAGCGGAUUAUAACCCCAUGGGACUGAGUAAAGAGAGCGUCUCUCUGAAGGAGGGCCAGUACGUGGAGGUCCUGGACUCGGCUCAUCCGCUCAAAUGGCUCGUGCGCACGAAACCUACCAAAACGACACCCUCGCGUCAAGGCUGGGUCUCUCCAGCAUACCUGGACAAGAAGCUGAAGAUUUCUGCAGAUACAGCAGAGGUUCCAGAGAGUGCAGGAGAGGAGGUCACUGAAGGAGAGUACAAAAGGAAGCUCUGCCAACUCAUCCAGGAGCUCAUUACCAGUGAGGAGGAGUUUAUAAAGGAGAUGGACUUUGUUACAUCGCACCAUCUGAAGCAUAUUGACGAGGAGAGCACGCCGCCUGAAAUCCGCAGUCACAAGGAGACCAUCUUCCGCAACAUUAGUGACAUUGGUUCAUUCCACAGCAGCUCUUUUCUGCCUGAGCUGAAAGACUGUGAUACGGAUGAUGACAUAGCCAUGCGCUUCCUCAAAAACACAGAAGGAUUCGAGAACUAUCUGCAGUACUUGGUCGGUCAGGCGAAGGCCCAGGCGACCGUUCGGGACAAAGAUGUUCAUCAGUUUUUCAAGAACUACGCAGAUACCGAGCUGGCAAAUGUGGAUCCUGCAGAAGGUCCAGUCCUGAGUGUGAAUAGUUAUCUUCAGAGACCACUGGAUCGAAUCCAUAAAUACAAAGACACCUUAAAGGAGCUGAUUAAAAAUAAGGCGAGGAACGGACAGAACUGCUGUCUUCUCGAAGAGGCGUACGCCAUGGUUUCUUCUCUUCCCACACGCUCCGAAAACACACAUCACGUCUCCCUCAUUGAGAACUACCCUGCGAACCUGGAAGCUUUAGGAGAGCCCGUCAGACAGGGUCCCUUCAUCGUGUGGGAGGGUGCUCCGGGAAUCAGAACCUCUUCAAGAGGCCAUCACCGCCAUGUCUUCCUCUUCAAAAACUACGUCAUCAUCUGCAAACAGAAACGAGACACGAACACAGACAUCCAGACGUACACGUUCAAGAACAUGAUGAAGCUCACCAACAUUGACGUAAACGAGACUGUAGAAGGAGACGAGCGGGCGUUUGAGAUUUGGCAUGAACGCGAGGACUCGGUGAGGAAGUACACGCUGCAAGCACGCACCGUCGUUCUGAAGAACUCGUGGCUCCGUGAACUCCGCAACCUUCAACAGCGCUACAGCGUGCCGGCGUGGGGUCCACCAGAGUUCGAGGCAGUGUUGACUGACUGCACAGCAGAAUUGGGACAGACGGUUAAACUGGCUUGCAAAGUCACAGGAUCUCCGAAACCCAUCGUGGCCUGGUUUAAAGACGGCCGGGCUGUGGAGGUCGACCCUCACCACAUCAUUAUCGAGGACCCCGACGGUUCCUGCACCCUCAUCCUGGAUAACAUGACUGCUGACGACUCUGGCCAGUACAUGUGCUUCGCCACCAGCGCUGCAGGAAACGCCAGCACUCUGGGCAAGAUCACGGUCCAGGUGCCUCCACGCUUUGUCCACAAGCUGCGGAACGCUGUGUUCAUCGCAGGAGAGGAUGCUCAGUUCACUUGCACGAUACUAAGUGCUCCAAGUCCAAAAAUAAGGUGGUUCAAAGAGGGCAAACUGCUCACAGACCAGGAAAAGUAUCAGACGUACAGUGAACCACGUAGCGGCGUGGUGGUUUUUGUGAUUAAGAACCCUGGAGAGAAAGACCUGGGGCGUUAUGAAUGUGAGCUGUCGAACCGGCUGGGCACUGUGAGGUGUGCGGCAGAGCUGGUUCUUCCAACAGUGGCGAUGGCGGGAGGAGAGCAGGCCAUCACGAUUGAAGUUACAGAGCAGGAGACUAAAGUACCAAAGAAAACCAUCAUCAUAGAGGAGACCAUCACGACUGUCGUGAAGAACACGCGAAUGAAGCGCCACGCAUCUCCCCGCCCAUCCUCCAUGGGAGUUUACCGCUCUGAAGCUUCCACCCCUGAACCCCCACGACAGAGAAGGACAUUGCCGAGAAAACCCGUCCCCACUCUGUACGUCACGGAACCCGAAGCCGCUGCAGCCAGGAACCCCAAAUGGGUCGAGGUGGAAGAGAUUAUUGAGUAUAAAGUGAACAAGUCACCAAAGCUGCCGAGGAGAAGAGGUGUUUCCCCCGGCAAGAGACAACCACCCGAUAACCCGAACCUUAACAACUCGAACAACAAGUUAGUGGAGGCGAUGCAAGUGUCCGGGACGAGCGUGGACUCGCAGGCGUGUUCUUGGGACACCGAGGCAACAAAUGAGCCCGAAAUAGCCAUUUUGGAUUCUCCAGACGUGGACGUCAUGGAUUUUGAUCAGUCGUGCGUCUUGACGGAAAUGGACACGGACUCUGACGAUAAUCAGGCGGCCGCGGGUGAGGAUUGCACCGACGACAUCGUGGACACCAGGAAUAAAGUGUUCACCCUCGAAGACCUGGAGGAUUACGUUCCGAAAGAGGGCGAGACGUUUGGUUGUGAAGAUUCUCACGUACCUGCAGAGAAACCGUGUGAAAUUUCUGUUCUCCAAAGAGAAAUUAACGAACCCACCGUCGGACGACCUGUCCUGCUAAAUCUGGGACGUCCGAUAGCAACCCCGAAAGUUCGUCCUGGGUUCUUCGGUCGCUUUAAGGAGCAUUUCUCGAACAUCUUUACCGAACCCUCUUCAGCUGCGUCAAGUGGAGAGACGUAUAUACCGAUCCGUGUCAGUGGGGUGUCCUACAGCCAGUCUACGUCCGUUCCUGGAUCGUCAAGCAGUCAGGGAAAUGUGGAAGUACCUCGAAGGUACUGCUCUGAGGUUCAGCGAGGGAUGGCUGGUGGUCAACAGAGCUUCAAAGCGCAAAUCUCCGCACCAGUUGGACAACCGGUGACGAUUCCCAUCCCAAAGACGAACCAGUCUGGAAAACUGUAACUGACCAGAAUCCGAUCAACAGAGACACAUACCAGUAAUAUUGAUAAGAAGUCAAUGUAUACCUGUCUUGUCUUAAAACCCAUGUUAUCUUUUACUAACUCAUUUCUGACUUCUAGCUCUAGCUUCUGUGGUGAAAUUACUUUUGACGACAACGGAAAGAACAACUUUGGUUUCCAUUCUCCGUGACUGGUUUGAGUUGCGGAGGAACGGAUUUGAGUAAGCUGACCUCGGGUAACCCCGUGUCCCAAUCCGAAUUAGCAAAAGUGAUUUCUCGCACACUGUGUAUUUUACAUCCACUAUUUUGCACAAACUGCAAUGUUUUUUCUCAUUUUGACAAGCCACCAGGAAUGGCAACAAAAUCCCAAACGUCCUUUCUCGCGCUCAACAUUUUACUCAAUGAAAACGAACCACUUUUCUUCGAAAGAUUUCCUUAACGUGUUGAAAUUUCUUCAAACAGCGUGACUGGAGGUGAAAAUUUUGCGAAUGUUCUGACAUGUUACCAAACAUGGAAGGACUAUGAGCUCAUGUUGCAAGUCUGAAACAGUGAAGGGUCAACAUACCUAUGCGGAACAGAGAAGCCAGUGUCACGAAGGCUUUUCUUGUGAAAAUUCUGAUUGUCUUUUUGAAAAGACAGAAAUGAAAGAGAGAGGUUUUACUUGUGUUCAGUCAAACAAAUGCUGACUGAGGUUUCAAUCAGGUUUCUAAUUCAGUGAUAAAAAUGUAAUGUUUUGGAGUUUGAGUCGAAGGUUGAGUUCAUCGCUCAGGACAAAAUGGUCACUGACAAACGUGGUUUGCUUUUUGCUUUGCCAAUUAUUUCUGGGUUUUUGGAUAUUUUGUUUGGUUCAUUGUCAGGUUUUUCUUUUGGCGUAGUCUGUUUUUACUCACAUACAGCUCAAUUUUUCAUAACUUGGGCCUGGGUUAAUGCUUCUGAAGUGGCACGUGGAUAUUUCACUGAAGAGUCAAGAUUGACUUUUGAGUCAAAAAAUGCAAUUAGGAUCAUUCCAUAUUUUCCACAAGGUCCUUGCUCUCAUCCAAAGCAACCAGGAGCAAAACCUGAGUAAGAUGCAUUGAGAAUGGGAUUGAAUCUUUGUAACUUUAAUGCUGUAUACACAAACAAGUGCGACUUUAUCGAACACGUCUCACCAUAUCAAACCAGCCUCCGAAUGCUUCAUACAUGUCAUCCUUUGGUCAAUCAAACCUGUAUAACCAACCUCCAAAAUCCGUAUUUCCCUUAUAAAAUCCGUAUAAGAUGCAAAUUAAAAUAAUUGACCUAAAAUAUGAAUGAUAAUUAACAAUGAUGUAUCCCAGUUACUUUUUAUUCAAUCUUAAUAACAGUAAACCUUCAGAAUGAAUACAAAGCUCCAAUGUUCGACAAAAACACAAAGUGUCACUCUAAUGUUCUGAAUUGUACUCCAUGACAGCUUUUUUAGCACUCUGCACCAAUACCUCACGAGGCUGCAUGUCACAGCAAGUGUCUGUGUUGAUCUUGCCGGAGUGCCCAUUCAGAAUCUUUUCAGUCGCUAGUGAAAGUCGCUCAGGUGGAAAUAUGCGUUUCAAACAAAAUGUUACUUCCCGGUUGGCGGGAUUCUCGCAAUGCGGUGUGUGCAUGAUCAAAAGUGGAACGAAGUCUCGCUACCACAAGAUAACGCGCGAUUUCAUAAGGCUGUCUGUGGUGUACAGUACGUUUGUAAAUGUUAUGCGCUCUUUUAUCAUCGUGGGAAUUGAUUAUAGCUCUAAAUAAACAUUGAAGUUUUUUUAAAGAAUCCGUAUAACUUUAUUUGUACGCCCGUAUACUACGUUUAUUGAAUCAAAUCCGUAUAAAAUACGGACAUUCCGUAUAGGUUGACAUGUAUGAUGCUUUGUCUUUAAAAUGGUACAUUAUACCUCCAGUGGCAAUGCUUCAGCACCUGAUACACUCGUAUCAACACCACACACAGAGCCUUGUCAGUGUUGCAGUGAUGUCUUGUUCGCAGCACGCCGUUUCUUUCGAUGUCCCGUCAGUCACUGUGUACGGUACCUCCCAAGUUCGCCUGUCCUAAUAGGUGUAUAACUGAUAAACAGGUGACUCGGUGUAUUGUAAGUUAAGCUCUGUUUAACUGUCAAAAGUGUGUUAUUGGGAACGGUUCAUGCUCUGAAUCGUCCAAACAAGUUCUGGAAUCUGUAAUUUUACAGUGCAUGUUUUGACUAAUCCAUUUUCGUAACAUAUUUAUGAAUGUAAAUGUAUUCGCGUGUGGUAUUCCCUUUUGCGCAGCACAGAGAAUUUUCUUCAGGAUAGGUUGAGUCAAAAAAAAAUUAGUCAUAAUCUCUUGGCAUGAGUUUUAUUUAUAAAUAGAGAAAUCCGAUAUCAUUAUCUUUCUUCAGAAUGUUCUACAGUUUGUACGACUGUUGUUCGCUGCACUCGAUGAUAAAGCUAUAGAGGAAGUGUGUGUGUGUGUGUGUGUGUUAGUGAAAAGUAAGACACCGAGGGUGAGAUGAGGUAAAUGACUGUAAAUGGGGAAAUUCAAAAUCAAAUAAACAAAUAAAAAUGUGUCCUGUGAAAGUAA